AAACUGUAUGGGAAACAAGCGAACACCCAAUGAGAAGAAGGAAGUUAGCUGAUUCUUAUCCUGGGAUUAUUAAACCGAGAUGACUAGGCAUCUUCACCCAGGCAUAUGAACCUGAAAGAAAAUUAUGGCUGAUAAGAGCUGGCUGAAUAGAAGAAAGGAAAUAAAGUGUGGCCCAGAGUGCUUGUUAUCCUGUUGCUCCUUCACCUUGAUUUUAAACAAAUUUGCCACCAGCAACUCUGAACAGAUAGACUUUGAAAUCUACCAUGGCAGUUAAAGUAUGUCCUUUCGUUUCUAUAGUGGGUGUGGCAUGAAUCAUGUUAUACGCUGUUCUUCGUCAAAGACUCCAAAGCUUUGCCACUAGCAGUCUUUCUGCUGAGCAAAGAGGUAGACUUUGAGUUCUACAACAGCUAGAAGUAGGAAUUAAACCACUUGAACUAGGAGCUGAGGGGACCAGAAUGGCAAAUCUUAAGGGCCACAUUCUUCCAGGGAGUUUCUUUCUAUUGUUUGGCCUCUGGUGGUCAGUGAAAUACUCGAUAAAACAUAUCAGCAGGACACCGAAGAAGAACGGUCACAUACAGUGGAACUUCAAACAAGUGGAGGUCAUUGAAGGGGCAGUCAAAGUGGGCUUAACAUUGAUAGGGAUUCUUGCUGAGCAGUUUGUCCCUGAUGGACCUCACCUCUAUCUCUACAGUGGGCAACCUCGAAGUUGGGUGAAGUUGAUGAACUGGCAACAUUCCACCAUGUAUUUAUUCUUUUUGAUUUCUGGAGCAGCAGAUAUAGUCACCUAUUCCUCAACCUUAAUGCCUGUUGGGCUGGACCGCUUCAUGCUUGGUAUUGCACUUUUUGUGGAAGGCUUCCUCUUCCAAUAUCAUACCAGUCACCGGCCAAUGCUUGAUCAACACAUCCAUUCCAUGCUCCUGACGGCCAUCUUUGCUGGCGUUGCCACUUGCUUCGUACAAGUCUUUGUGCAUGACAACUUGAUUUUGGACUUAUUUGCAGUCAGCCUGGCUCUCUUGCAAGGAACCUGGCUUUGGCAGAUAGGUUUUGUGUUGUAUCCACCAUGGGGAGGACCAGAAUGGGAUCUGAAUGACCACAGCAACACAAUGUUCAUCACCAUGUGCUUUUGCUGGCAUUAUGCCCUUGCAAUCCUCAUUACGGCAAUGAAUUAUUUCCUGGUUCAUUGCUACUUCAAGAAUUAUAAAAGGAGCAACAGACAAAUUGGGAUUGGACUUAGCCUAAGGAAGCAAAAGAAUGCUCAUGAUCCCCUCUUAAAUGAAUCGGAUGAAGAAUAAGCCAGGAUGAAUUGUUCAGUUGCUUCUAUUUAUAUCCAGAAACUUGAAAAUGAAAUAAUCUUAACAUUCCAAAUAUGUAUAGCUUCUGGAAAGAGCAAGAAGUCUUUGUCUAAGUAUAAAUCAAGAUGGCUGCACUUCCUUUACAUUUUCAUGUCAUAUCUUCUGACUUGCCUUAGUCCCUGGAAACAGAAUUGAUAAUGCUUCUAAUUGCCAGAUGUUCAACCUUUAUCCAACAGUGCACUUUUUAAUGCAGCAAUUUGUUUUAUCGACAGUGAAAGAAGCCACAAAACUUAAUUAGGAUUUGCUUAUUGUAACAUAUUUUAAUCUAUCUUUUCUUCAGUUAUAUAGAAAGAAUUCCCAACCUUAUCGUGAAUAAGCCUUCUAAUUUUGCACCAUCUGGACAUUGGGUCCGUAGAUACUAUAUCAAAUGAUUGAGCUUUGACUGUAAGGGCAUGCUUGAUUGCCAUAUCUUGAGAAGGAUGAGGUUGGCAGUGACUACCCCGGCUUCUCCAAAUGAUAAGAAAUUCCAAAGUUGAAGUGCUCUCCAAGUUUUGAAUUUUCCUUUAUUGGCGAAAGGAGGUUUUAGGCAUUUCCUAAUGUAUGCAUUUAUUUACCACCAUACAAGCAAACUGAAAAGGAAGGGGGCCUAGACCAGGGAUAGGCAAUCUUGGCUCUUUUAUGACUCGUGGACUUCAACUCCCAGAAUUCCUGAGCAAGCCUACUCCUGGCCUAGACAUUUCAAUAGCCAACCUCAUGAACUUUUAAAAACACAAUCAGAAUAUUAUGUCAGUCCCAGAAAAGUAGGCAGAGCAACUAUGGAAACUGCAGUGCAAAGUGUUAGAUUCAGACUUCAGCCUAACCAAUUCCCAUGCUGUAAAAUGGGAGCUCCUUAUUGCUGCUCUCUUCAUGCCUUGAUGGCGAAGACAGAACGAAACGGAGAUAAAGAACAAAUGGAAUUCAACUGAUCUGAUAGUUACGUUGGCCGCACGAAACUAUCCUGUCAAUCCUCCUAUGAAAAACUCCUCAAGUACACAUGCCGAUAUGCCAUGUUUUGCACCUUUCCAAAUCAAGGGAUUUCUUUCAAAAAAUGAACAAAUGUUGUUGUUGUUAUUGUUCUGUUUCAGUGCUGUAAUUCUUUUGCUGUACUCUUUUGCUGUACUCAGGAGUGUUGCUGAUAUUAUAUAGUAUUUUGCACUCUGUAGGAUCAUGUUCUAAAGCUUUUGAUUUCAGCAUUCUAAACACUCUGGAAUCAGAAACUGCAGCUAUUGUUAUCCAAGGCAUAGAAUAAAUCAAUCCAAGUUUAAAAUAAUAA